AUGCAACGAAAAUUGGUAUUGUGCUGUAUAAUAUUCUGUGUUGCCGAGGCUAUCAAAAGUCCCAUCACAAUCCGAACCAAACGACAAGAAUGCAAAUGCAUACCAAACAAUGCUGCGGGAGGACUCACUUGCAGUUGUUCCAAGGAUGAUGGAAGUCAUGGUCCUAUGGAGAACAUUCAACAAGCUGAUCUUGCUCAAGAACUGACGAACAACGUUCAGAUCUACCCACAAGGACAAGGACAAGGACAAGCUAGAUGUGGUUGUCUGCAAAUUGUUUUCCUUGGAAAUCCACAAUAUCAGUGUCAAUGUGGAGAUGGACAAGGCCCAAUCAACCCGAUCUACACAACAUAUCCAACAACCACCCCUACCACUACUAUCCCAACCACCACAACUCGACGACCGGUCGAUUACCCGAACCCAUCCGGCACCGAAAAUCCAGGCCGAUGUCAGUGCGUUAUGAUUCAAAUCUCUGGACCAGCAUCAGCACAAUACCAAUGCAACUGCGAUGGUGCUCAGCAAGCAUACCCAACUCUGGCUGCUGAGACCAUGACGACUCAUGAACCAGUACAAGAGACCUAUGCGCCAAUCACAUAUGCACCCGAGACACCUGCCACUACCGAAGCUCCCAUGACACUCGCUCCUGAGCAGUAUCCACAACAAAUGCCUGAGCAAAUCCCACAACAGGCACCGCAGCAGCAGUUACAGCCAGCUACACAGUACCCACUAACUACUACUUGCGUGAUGUACGUCGGCAUGCAGACUACUCCGUGCAUUUGCCUUCCUCAGUAUGACCAGUGCGCUCAUAAUGUCUGCUGCUUGAAAGCCAAAUUCCGAAGCCUCAAAAACAACUCAGUCACACAGCCUCAAAACGAUGCCGAGCCUUCCACAGUCGACAUGUUGAUGAGCUUCUUGCAAAAGAUCAAAAACAAGCUGAACCACUAA